GGGGGCGGGGCGCGAUUCAGAGCGCGAAACAUGGCUGGACUGGGUGCUGGCGGGGACGGCGGCGGCUACCGGGACGAGGGUGACGACGGCGUGCUCAAGGCGGCCGUGGAGGUGUUCGCGAAGCUAAAGGACCUCAACUGCCCGGUCCUGGAGGGUCUUUAUAUCACAGAACCUAAGACCAUUCAGGAACUGCUGUGUAGUCCCUCGAAGUACCGCUUGGAAAUCCUGGAGUGGAUGUGUAUUCGGGUCUGCCCCUCCUGGCAGGACAAGUUCAGCUCAUUAAAGGGGGCCCCAGUCGAGGUGAAGAUCCAAGAGAUGGUGAGACUAGGCCAGGAGCUGAUGCUGUGUGGGCUGGAUGACCAGGAGCUCCUAAAGGGCCGGGCCUGCGCCCAGAAGCAGUUGCGCUUCAUGAACCAGCUGCUGGAUGGGGUCCAGAGCCUGACUGCCGGAUGCUGCAGCCGCUCCAGCAGUGUGAAGGAGCACUUAGAGGACACCAGAGAGAAGAACGAGGUGCUUCUGGGGGAGCUCUUCUCCAGCCCCCACCUGCAGACGCUCCUGAGUCCCGAGUGUGAGCCAUGGUCCCUGGACAUUCAGCCCGCCCUUAGGCAGCAGAGCGGUGUGUGGCAGAGGGCCAGCCCCUGCGUUGAGUUGGAGGAUGUGAACGUGGUGGAGCUGGGCAGGCAGCUGCAGGAGAGCGCCGCCAAACUGCAGGCACUCAGGGUGGAGCACAAGCAAGGGGGCGCUGUGAGCGGGGCCGACACCAGCACCCUGGACCAGAAGCUGCGCCUGGUCAUCUCUGACUUCCACCAGCUCGUUGUGGCUUUCCUCCAAGUCUACGACGACGAGCUGGGUGAGUGCUGCCGGCGCCCGGGCCCCUACCUCCACCCGUGUGGCCCCAUCGUCCAGGCCGUGCACCAGACCCUGACUUCAUGCAACCAACUGCUGAGAGCGGUUACGCAGGUCACCGACACCUCGGCAGAAGCCGUGCAGAUGGCGAAGCAGCAGCAGGACGAGCGCAUCUGUUGGGGCGGCAGCAAUUCUCUCACGAGUCUAGCCACCAAAAUGGAAGAACUAACUGAGAAAUACAAGGUCUUCAAUGACAGUCUGAAAGACAUGGAGUAGUCUGGGGACUGGAAGCUCUGCCCUGAGGAGCCAGGGCCUGGCCGCAGGGGCAGGGGGCGGAGGGGGGG